CACUUCAGCCUCUUAGUUCCUGAACUCCCGGCUUGAUGAUGAGGGCGCUGGGUCUGGCCAUGUUACUGGCCUAUGUCAGCAUUCCAGUGGAAAGUGGUUACAUCUUCACGGUCCCUCAAGUGUUGCUAGCCGGAUCGGAGGAGCAGGCAUGUCUUACCCUCCAGGGCUUCUUAGAGGACGUCACUGUGAACAUUAUGUUGAUUGACCAGAUUGACACAGUCCUUGAACAGGUGUUCAUAUUUCCCGGAGGUCAAAGCGCCUGCGUGAGUCUGAAGAUUCCCUUUUAUCCCCACCCCGAGGAUCGCCACGUGAACUUGUUGGUGACGGGGAUUAGUUCUGGGUACAACUUCUCCAGCAGCACCCCCGUGAUCAUCCGGAAUGACCCCACCAUCACCUUCAUACAGACUGAUAAAUCCAUAUACAAGCCAGGACAGACCGUAAAAUUCCGCAUCUUGACUAUAGACGACAAUCUGCGGUCACUCUUACUGCCUGUAUCAGAGGUUGUGAUUCUCGACCCAAAUGGAAUACGAAUGAGACAAUGGACUGAUAUCACCGGCGAAGAUGGUUUAUUGAGCUUAGAGAUGGAACUAUCGGAAGAACCAGUCCUAGGAGAGUGGAAGAUUGAGGCUACCAUCAAUUAUCGAAAGGAAACUCAAAUAUUUACAGUAGAGGAAUACGUUCUCCCAAAGUUCGAGGUAAUAAUCAAGCCCCCGCCGUUCAUGCCGGCCAAUUCUCCCUCCAUCACAGGAGAGGUUUGUGCACAGUACACUUACGGUAAACGGGUGAGAGGUGUGAUGGAGGUGGAGCUGUGUGUUAGGUCACCUCACCUGUUUGACCUUGAGGAUCAACCGCCCUGUGACAAACUCAUCGAGAAGAUCGACGGAUGCAAAAUGUUUUCCAUUGACUCCAAACUGGUGAACUUGGGUUCGGCCGACUACCCACUAUGGGAUCACAGAGUCUACAUCAACGCCUCGGUCACUGAGAGCGACACAGGGGUUACUGAGUAUGGUGUCAGUAAUUCUGCUAAAGUCAUACAAGAAGCCCUCAAGCUGGACUUUGGCAAAUCAAGUCGAUACUUCAAGCCAGGAUUGCCAUAUAAGGGCAAGGUGCGCGUCCGGAAACCUAAUGGCGAGCCUGCCCGCGACGAACCAAUCAAAGUGGCUGCAGUGGAUUAUGAAAGCGGGGUUCGUGCCGAGGAUGUGUUUGUCUCAAACAGUGAAGGAGAGGUGUAUUUUGUUCUCCCUGGCGAGUUGCUGCUGCUUUCCAAAGAACUCACCCUGCUUGCUGAAGCUAUCCGGUAUAAGGACUCGGAAAACUUGGAUAACGAGGACAGGCAUGUUAUGUAUCAGCCGACAGCGUUGGUGAGAAUACAGGCCUGGUACUCCCGCAGUAAGAGCUUUAUCCAGAUAUUCCCAGUAGAAGAAGCCGUUGAAUGUAACAAGGAUUUAACAGUGGGCAUCGCCUAUACCACCACACCUGGAACCACUGUCAAAUUUCAUUACCAGGUUGUAUCCAGAGGGAAUAUCGUUACAAAUGGGGAACAAGAGCAGUACUUCAACCUACACGUUUUCAACCAAGAUGAUACUGCUGUUUUAACGCUCCAAGAAGGGGGUGGAACGUCAGUUCCUCCUCAGCCGCCUCCGGUGGGGAAUAUCUUUGAUCAGUCAUUUCUCGCCGGGGAGAACCCUUUUGCGUCAGACAGUGAAUUGAUGCGAGAAAUUGAACGGGAAAUAGCUCAAGAACGUUUUGCAUCUCAGGCCGGCCAGCAAGAGGCAGUUCCUGACCCAUAUGCUGGCCGAACACCUGUUGAAGAAGACUUCAUAGAGCCUGAACAUUAUCAGCCUCUUGGUAAUAAACCGGCCUUAUCCCCUGAUCCGUAUGCUGGCCUGACGCCUGUUGAAGAAGACUUCAUAGAGCCUAAACAUUAUCAGCCUCUUGGUAGUCAACCAUCCCAAUCCCCUGAUCCGUAUGCUGGCCGGACGCCUGUUGAAGAAGACUUCAUAAAGCCUAAACAUUAUCAACCCCUUGGUAGUCAACCUUCCCAAUCCCCUGAUCCGUAUGCUGGCCGAACGCCUGUUGAAGAAGACUUCAUAAAGCCUAAACAUUAUCAACCCCUUGGUAGUCAACCUUCCCAAUCCCCGGAUCCGUAUGCUGGCCGAACGCCUGUUGAAGAAGACUUCAUAAAGCCUAAACAUUAUCAACCCCUUGGUAGUCAACCUUCCCAAUCCCCUGAUCCGUAUGCUGGCCGGACGCCUGUUGAAGAAGACUUCAUAAAGCCUAAACAUUAUCAACCCCUUGGUAGUCAACCAUCCCAAUCCCCUGAUCCGUAUGCUGGCCGGACGCCUGUUGAAGAAGACUUCAUAGAGCCUAAACAUUAUCAACCCCUUGGUAGUCAACCUUCCCAAUCCCCUGAUCCGUAUGCUGGCCGGACGCCUGUUGAAGAAGACUUCAUAGAGCCUAAACAUUAUCAGCCUCUUGGUAAUAAACCGGCCUUAUCCCCUGAUCCGUAUGCUGGCCGAACGCCUGUUGAAGAAGACUUCAUAAAGCCUAAACAUUAUCAACCCCUUGGUAGUCAACCUUCCCAAUCCCCGGAUCCAAAUGCUGGCCGGAAGCCUGUUGAGGAGGACUUCAUACAGCCUGAACACUUCCAACCUCUUGGAGCACGUCUCCAACCGCCACCAGUUGAUCCGUACGCUGGCAGAAAGCCUGUUGAAGAAGAUCCGAUCCGUCCAAAGCAUUACCAGCCUCUGCAAAUGGAUGACAUUUCAAAUGUAAAGAACGAAAAAGAUAAUACGGAUCAUCCUGAUGAAGAUUUAAUCUCUGAAGGGGACCGAGUGUUCAUCAAGCAGGAGGAGACCACUUAUGAGGAAUCGACACAUUUCAGUCACCUGCAAUUGACCAUCCCCGUUACCAUGGCAAUGUCACCGGAAGCUCAACUCCUCGUCUACCACAUCCGGCCUCAGGAUGGCGAGAUCGUCGCUGACGCCAUUACUUUCAAAGUGAAGAGAUGCUUUCAAAACCAGGUUUCGUUCAAGUUUAAAAAGCCUAAGGCUCGUCCGGGCAAGGCGACGACACUUCGUGUGAACGCAGACUCCGGAUCGCUGUGUGGUAUCGGUGUGGUUGACAAGAGUGUCCAUCUUGCAGGCACAGAUAACCAGAUGUCUCCGGAAAAGGUUUUCCGGCAGCUGUCAAAGUACAACAUCGGGAGAAACUUCGGGAGUCGCAGUGAAGACCAGGAAUAUUGUCGGGGAAAGAUGCUUGUUGGCCAGGGCGAAUUUCCUCCCAUUCGGUUCGGACCCCCAGGCCUGGGACCUCUCAGAAAGAAACGACAGUCAUCACCGCAAUCUGCUUAUUACAGCCCUUAUGUGGAUGCCAUCAAAGCCUUCAGAACAGCCGGUUUGACCACUCUCACUGACCUUGACAUACAAACCCGGCCGUGUGAUAUCAGAGACGCAGAUGAUCCGAUAUUCCGUACCAAAUUUGAUGAAGGCAUUAGAGGCGUUCCGGGUCCGGGAGGACCCUUUCCAAUCCCACUGGACACAGCCUUCGGCAGUGACGAAGACUUUGACCUGGACGGUUCUGGAGAGAACCUGGCACCUAUACGCUCUUACUUCCCGGAAACAUGGUUGUGGGAGCUCAUGAGAAUAGGAGACGCUGGCCUUGGGUUGUUAACCCGAAGUAUCCCUGACACAAUUACUGAGUGGGUGGGAGGAGCAGUUUGUCUUAACCCCAAAUCAGGGCUGGGUGUUUCUCCACCCGCCUCCAUCACUACCUUCCAACAUUUCUUUAUCUCCUACACUUUACCCUACUCUGUCAUCAGAGGAGAGAGGAUUCCCAUAAUCGUAACAGCUUUCAGUUAUCUGAAGGACUGUCUGGAGAUUAAAAUAUCCAUGAGGAAAAGUCGACGGUUUGAAAUACCCACGGGGUCAUCUUCUGAAUCACGCUGUUUAUGUGGAGGGGAGUCUGCCAGCCAAACGUUCUACAUCAUUCCUAAGAAAUUGGGCAAAACUCGCAUAUCUGUUGAUUCACGGGCGGUGAAAUCCACUGGCAUUUGUAAAAACCGCACAAUGAGCUUUAAAGGUUUGGGAGCGCGAGACCGAGUUAGAAAUUAUCUGCUGGUUGAGGCAGAAGGAAUACCUAAAGAAUAUACCUACAGUGCCAUGGCUUGCCCAAGAGAGCAACCUGGAUGGCGCUUUGAAGACAACAUCAAACUGAAGUUACCGCAGAAUGUGAUCAAGGGUUCGGAGCGCGCUCAGUUCUCUAUAAUAGGUGAUUUGAUGGGACUGACUCUAAAGGGCCUGGAGAAGCUGAUACAGUUGCCGACAGGAUGUGGAGAACAGAACAUGUUGAACUUUGCUCCAAUCAUUUACGUCCUUCAGUAUCUGAAGGCCACCAAACAACUAAGUCAGUACGAAGAAGACAGGGCUAAAGAUUUCAUGAGGAAAGGUUACCAGAGCCAACUUACGUACAGACACAAAGAUGGUUCCUACAGCGCGUUUGGGGACAAGGAUGAAACGGGAAGCAUGUGGUUAACCGCCUUCGUUGUCAAGUCUUUCGCUCAGGCUCGGAAUCAUAUAUACAUUGACCCGGACGACUUGAAAAAGAGCGUAACCUGGCUACAGGUGCGCCAACUGGAGUCCGGCUGCUUCCCGCAUGUCGGUCAAGUGAUACACAAGGAGAUGAAGGGUGGUUUGGCUUCUGGAAACCAAGGCCUGGCAGCACUUACCGCCUACGUACUGACUGCCAUGUUGGAGGCCAAUACCUCUCGGCAGCAUCCGUCCGUUCAGAGAGCCGUCCGAUGCUUGGAAGCCACAGAUGUCUCAGACACGUACGCUGUGGCGCUUUCCGCCUAUGCUCUCACCCUGUACGACAUCAACAGUAUGCUCAGAUCCAAAUUGAUGAACAAGCUGUACAGCAACGGCAGGUAUACAGACGGUCUUCUUCACUGGGAAAGAAAGACAACUCCUGCUGCUAAAGCGAGCAACUCGUGGCGGGAACCUUACGGUCACGCGCCAGCGCUGGAGGUGGAAAUGACGUCGUAUGCUCUGCUGGCCUAUAUCAGCGGGAACCAACCUAAUAGUAUAAUGCUAGCUAGACCAGUGGUUCAGUGGUUGACAAAGCAGAGGAACGCUGAAGGCGGAUUUGUGUCAACCCAGGAUACUGUUGUUGCCCUUCAGGCCAUAGCUCUUUACAGCUCCAAGGCUUAUCGACCUAAGACUAAUCUAACGUGUAUUGUUCAAGGCAACAGAUUUAAUCAAAAGUAUCAGAUUGUAGACGCGAACAAAUUCGCUCUGCAUACGACACGUGUCAGACGGCUUCCUAACGAGCUGAAGGUCAUCACAGAAGGGAUAGGGUGUGCGCUAAUCCAGACCAACGUUCGCUACAAUGUUCCCAGUGAGCCCGAAAGUUCACCACCUUUCCACAUCAAAGUGAACAUUUUCAGGUCAAAAUCAGACAUCAACAACUGCAAGAAAAGAAGCGUCAAUAUUUGCACAAGCUAUGUUCUGUCCGAGUCAGCAUCAAACAUGGCUAUCGUAGAGGUGAAGAUGGUGACUGGCUGGGUGCCAAUUAAAGAGACUAUUGCUCCUGUUUUACAAGAGACACGCCUUGGUGUUAAAAAGUUUGAGAUAGAAGACAACUCAGUCAACUUUUAUUUUGAAGAGAUGACACCUCAGAGAAGAUGUUUUGAGUUUGAAGUAUUCCAGAAUGUGAAACUGACAGCGCCUAAAGAAGCCCACGUUAAAGUGUAUGAUUACUAUGAAACAGAUCAUUCAGUCAUGACUAUGUACAAUAUUAAAACCACCUGUGGCACAAAAGAGGAGAUUCCGUUUGAGGUGACAGAUCACGUAGGCCCGCUGGAUCAACACAGAGGAGAAUCUGCCAAUGUGCCAUUCUUUCCGGAGCAGCGGAGAGAGCCUAUCCUUCCCGGGUUAUCAGGACCAGCUUCUGAUCCAUUCUUUAUACCACAACGACGAGUACAGCCCGUCCUACCGCCAUUUUUAUUAAAAAAGCUGAAAGCUGCUAAAGAGAAACAAAAACAGACCGAGAAGGUGCAUUGUCCAGUUUGUGUGGAGGAGCGACCUGACGAUUAUCCUCAGAGAUAUUGCUCAGCUCAACAUGCAUACAAAACGUACACAGGCCGGGACGGCACAUUCCCACUUAAACUCCAAGCCGAUUUUAGACCCAAAAGAGGAAAAGCAGCUGUUAACGGAUUUGCCCGAUUUUCUCUCAGUCCAGCUUGCCAGUGUGAUGUUCUUAAGCAGAAAGGUAGAGUCAUGGUGCUUACCCCGAGCGACGCAUACACUCAGGGAACAUUGCUGCUAGACGCCAGAGUAACAGUCGUCCGUAUCACCAGCGCCAUCGAAAAAGAAUCCAGAAAACUCUCAGUGUCCUGCGCCAGCUGAUUUCAUUGGACUAGACAUUAGAUCAACGUGCUACGAUUAAAAUCAUGCAUCUGUCUCUGAGAUAAAGAUUGGAGACACUAGCGAAACAUCGAAAUAUAUUUAAAUGGUGUUAAAAUACAAAAAGCACAUGAAUGAAGUCAGGUUCUUUUUUUGUAAACAUUGCUGCUGAUAUGUAAAGUCACUCCUUAGCAAGUAUAGACGCACAUGUGGAAGACUGAAAGAUCAGAAAAAUGUUCUGAAAAAAACCUCUAGUGUUUUCAAACAUGGAGAUUCGGUACUAUAUUAACAUAUACAGCCUUUUUUGAGUAAUAUAUUGUUUAUGAAUGAACAUAUAAAGCCAUUCUGGCACUAGAUCGUUUGUUAAUGAAUGUAUACAGCCUUUCUGGUACUAGAUCGUUUGUUAAUGUAUAUAUACAGCCUUUCUGGUACUAGAUCGUCUAUGAAUGAACAUACACAGCGUGUUUGGUACUACAUGGCUUAUGAAUGAACAUACACGGCUUCUUUAUA